ACCCUGGCCCCGAAGCCUUAUCAGAGGCGCCGCCCACGGCCUAUAAUAGCUGGGCCGGCGUCUCCUGCUGCCUCCAGAGUGGCCUGUGACUUCGGCAGACAUGUUUCGUGCUUUGUGCCUCCUAGCUGUGCUCGCGGCAGUUCGUGCCUGCAAAACCUGCACAUGUGGCGUGGUGCGAGGUGCCCGUGUGGUCGGCGGUGGGCCCGUGGGUCCCGGAGAAUUUCCCUGGCUAGCUGCCCUCAAACGAGACGGAAAACUCAUUUGCGGUGCUACUGUGGUUGCACGGGACCACCUUAUAACAGCCACCCAUUGUAUUUAUGAGGUAGAAGCUUCCCGAUUGACUGUUCUAGUUGGUGAAUAUGACGUCAACAAUUCAAGAUCCGAUGGUUUUCAAGUUUCACACGUGUUCCAGCACCCAGACUUUAACAGAUAUACAUAUGACAAUGAUAUUGCUGUCCUAAGACUUGCUGAACCGCUGCCAGACAGACUUUAUCGGCCUGCCUGCUUACCUGAUGACGACGAUUACCUUGAUGGAGGUGAUGCUAUAGUGUCCGGAUGGGGCAGUACUAUUGAAAAAGGACCGCAUUCUAAUAUUCCCAUGAAAGCUGAAGUACAAAUCUGGACGCAAGAAGAGUGCACUAAUGCUGGUUAUGGCCGUAGGAAAGUGACGCCACGUAUGAUAUGUGCUAAUGCACCAGAUCGUGACUCUUGUACGGGAGACUCUGGUGGACCCCUUCUAAUGUCUCAACCGUACUUUACACUAGUUGGUAUCGUUUCGUGGGGACGCGGCUGUGCAAGACAAGGGUAUCCCGGAGUUUAUGCACGAGUUGACAGAUUCAUGCCCUGGCUAAAAGUUGCGCUACGGCAUGCAUGCCUUUGUCAACCACCGUCUUUUAAUUAGCCACAUGAAAUAUUUUAUCAACUUAUCAAUCCGCGAAACAAAUGCUUUUACCUGUGACAUGAAACGAAACGAAAUAUUAGAAGAUGUUUGCCAAUCACCUGUAUUUACUAAAUGUAUAUAGACAUUUAGUCUUCCACGUCCAUCCGAAAAGAACGUUUUUUGACAACUUUUCUAACGGAUAAAUAACUUGGUCAGAUUAAGACAAAAUAUAAGGCCUGAUUUUAACUAUUGAGUAAAUAUUAUAAUACAGAUAUGAUAUUUGUUACCUUAUAUAUCAUUAAGUAUAAUUAAGUACCAGUGCAAGUUAACCAUGAGGCUACAUGAUAAUUAUUGCCGUCAGAGAGCUUUAAUACUAUUUAAGGUGAUUUACCAGAAAUGUUGCCAUUAGAACCAAAGCGGUAUUGCAAUGGGUAAAAAUAAAGGCGUUAAAUAAUGUUUAUUAGUAUGUAUAUCAGUAUUAAGGCGUUAAUGUAUAUUUUUUAGAUUUUUAAUCUAGAUGUAAAGCAGGACCUAAAGGAUAUGUAACAGGAAAUUGAAACAUGUCAAUAAUUAAUAUGUAUCUAUUUUAAUGUUGUUCUUGACAGUUUUUACAUAUAAACUCACAGAUUACAUGUCUUUUUAAUCCUUAGAAUAGGCUAACGAUGGCUGUGAUUUAAUUUACGUAAAAUUUCAUUGUUACCUUUUACAAUAUAUGAAUAAGUAUUGUUUGUAAGAAUAAGGGCUAUUGAAGCUUUUAUGCAAUUUUUUUUA